CUCAGGGAGUAAAGUGCUUAUUGCGCCGAGUAAAUAAGGUUUAAUAGCUUCAGUUAAAACCACGCCGAGCGUGGAGCGACCAUCAUGGCAGACUGCGACAACCUGUCAGCUGUGCUGCACCGCGCACUCGACCUGCGACUGGAGCAACGUCCAAUUCCAGAACCCGGACCAGGAGAGGUGCUGCUGCGCGUGCUCUGUGUGGGCAUCUGCGGCUCGGACGUGCACUACUGGAACCACGGCCGCACUGCUCGGUUCGUGGUGGAGAGUCCUCUUGUUCUGGGCCACGAGACUGCGGCGCAGGUGGUGCGGUGUGGCCCAGAUGUCAGCCACCUGCAGCCUGGCACUGUGGUGGCUCUGGAGCCCGGCGUGCCGUGCCGGCGCUGCUCACUGUGUCGCGGCGGCCGCUACAACCUGUGCCCCCGCAUGCGCUUCCAUGCCACCCCGCCCGUCGACGGCACCUUGACGCGCUACUUCGUCCACCCCGCGGACUUCUGCUUCAGGUUACCGGACCACAUGUCCGCUGAGGACGGAGCGCUGCUGGAGCCCCUGGCCGUAGCGGUCCACUCCUGCCGCCGGGCCCGUGUGGGGCCGCAGUCGCGGGUCCUUGUCACGGGGGCCGGGCCAAUCGGGCAGGUGUCGGUGUUGGUGGCUAAAGCUAUGGGUGCUACCCACAUCUGCAUCACCGACAUCAACGAAGGGCGCCUGCAGUUCGCACGCAAGCUCGGAGCGGACAGCGCGGUGUGCGUAGCAGGCAUGGGCGUGGAGGAGGCGGCCGCCGCUGUGGUGGCCGCCGGUGGCCCGCCCACCGCCGCCCUCGAGUGCUCUGGGGCGGACUCUUCGCUAGUGACGGCCAUACACGCCGCGGACGCUGGCUGUGUCAUCGCGACCGUCGGGCGUGGUUCCCUGGAGCCUCUGCUGCCUGUGCCGCUGCUCACAGCCAAAGAGGUCGAAAUCUGCGGCAUUUUCCGCUACGCAAACUGCUACCCAGCGGCACUGGCGCUGCUGGCGUCAGGAGCUGUGAACGCGCGUCAGCUCAUCAGCCACAGGUUUACUUUGGAAGAAGUGGAGGAGGCUUUCCAAGCUGCCAAGUCCGGUGUGGCCAUCAAAGUCAUGAUCAAAGUUGGCGAAAAAUCUUAAGUCUUUCAAACACCUGAUAAACUUCUGUGAGUGAUAAUUUUAAAAUUAAAUUGAAUUUUAAAGAGAAUUCAGCUUCAUUU